CUUAUAAAUCAUAUAUCCAAACACCUAAUUCUAACUAACCAAAAAUGGCCUGCAUCAAAUAUCUCAUAUUUUCUCUAGUUUCUUCAUUCAUCAUUAAUACUUUCACACAAGGAGAAGUAAUUAAUACUACUCCUCAAAUAGUUUCUUUAAAUAGAAAUGAUUUCCCUUCAGGUUUCAUCUUUGGUACAGCAUCUUCAGCAUACCAAAACGAAGGUGCAGCAAAUGAAGGUGGAAGAGGACCAAGUAUUUGGGAUACUUUCACUCAUACAUAUCCAGAUAAAAUAGAUGAUGGAAAUAAUGGAGACGUAGCAGUAGACGCAUAUCAUCGCUACAAGGAAGAUGUUGGGAUCAUGAAGGAUAUGAAUUUGGACGCAUACAGAUUUUCCAUAUCUUGGUCUAGAAUUCUCCCCAAAGGAAAACUAAGUGGAGGAAUAAAUCAAGAAGGAAUCGAUUAUUACAACAAUCUCAUCGAUGAAUUGUUGGCAAAUGGUCUACAACCUUUUGUUACUAUUUUUCAUUGGGAUCUUCCUCAAUCUCUAGAAGAUGAAUAUGGCGGUUUCUUAAGCCCUCUCAUCAUUAAAGACUUUCAAGAUUACGCCGAACUUUGCUUUAAAACAUUUGGAGAUAGAGUAAAAAAUUGGAUAACUUUAAAUGAGCCAUGGACGUACAGUCGAGACGGAUAUACAAAUGGUGAAAUGGCACCAGGUCGAUGCUCUUCUUGGUUGAAUCCAAAAUGCGUUGGUGGAGAUUCUGGAACAGAACCUUAUAUAGUUUCACACCACCAGCUUCUAGCUCAUGCAGCAGCCGUUAAUGUGUACAAGACUAAGUAUCAGGUCUCUCAAAAUGGUUUGAUAGGUAUAACAUUGGUCAUUAACUGGUUUGUGCCACUCACUGAUACCAAACUUAAUCAGAAAGCUACUGAACGAGCGAUAGAGUUUAUGUUUGGAUGGUUUAUGGAUCCCUUAACAAAUGGAGAUUAUCCAAGAAGCAUGAGAGCCUUGGUGGGGUCACGGUUACCAAAGUUUACUAAAGAGCAAUCUAGGCUAGUUAGUGGUUCCUUUGACUUUAUUGGAAUCAACUACUACUCUUCUUGCUAUGCCUCUGAUGCACCACAAUUAAGCAAUGCUAAAGCCAACUAUUUAACAGAUUCUCUUUCUAGUUUCACAUUUGAUCGUGAUGGAAAAUCUAUUGGCCUAAAUGUUGCUUCUGAUUGGUUGUAUGUUUAUCCAAAAGGAAUUCGAGACUUUCUAAUAUAUGCUAAAGAAAAAUACAACAACCCUUUAAUCUAUAUCACUGAAAAUGGUAUAAAUGAGUAUGAUGAUCCAUCGUUAUCGCUUCAAGAAUCUCUUAUGGAUACCUAUCGAAUUGAUUAUCAUUAUCGUCAUCUUGUUUAUCUUCAAAAAGCAAUUGAGGCUGGUGUGAAUGUAAAGGGUUAUUUUGUAUGGUCUUUGUUGGAUAAUUUUGAAUGGCACCACGGAUAUACCGUAAGAUUUGGAAUGACCUACGUAGAUUACAAAAAUGGUUUGACAAGAUAUCAAAAGCAAUCUGGAUUAUGGUUCAAGAAUUUUCUCAAAUCUGAUAUAAAACCUGACAGAGAUUCUAUUUAAUAGUGCUACCAAAUUCUUUAUGAUGGCUAUAGCAGUAAACACAAAUUAUUCAUUUAAUUCAAUGUUAGAAUAGAAAGGAUAUAAUUUCUAAGUGUAUGUAAAUUUAUCAUUUAUGAUUGAUUCUAUUUGUUGAUUUUGUGUGUCAUGUAAUUUUGCAUCUCCCUAUAUCAAUGUUGGAAAUACUUUUUACACACUA